AUGACGCCGGGUAUCCAGUCUCCCUUCAUCUUGCUGUUACUGUCGCUGCUCACAGCAACACAGUCUCCACCACCAUCUCAACUAACUGUGACCACCAGCACUAAGCACAGCUCAGUUUCUCCUACCUCCUCCAAUCAUAUCACUUCUUCCCUGUUGCCUAGUAGUUUCUCCUUAUUCUUUCUCUCCUUUUACAUUACAAACCUUCAUUUUAACUCUUCCCUGAAAGAUCCAAGAACCAGCUAUUACCAAGCACUACAGAGAAACGUGUCUCAACUGGCCGUGUAUCAGUGCCGGCGAAAGAGCUGCGGGCAGCUGGACAUCUUUCCAACUCGUGAUGCUUACCAUCCUAUGAGCGAGUACCCCACCUACCACACCCAUGGACGCUAUGUGCCCCCUGGCAGUACCAAACGAAGCCCCUAUGAGGAGGUGACUUCAGGCAAUGGCAGCAGCAGCUUGGCCUUCACGAACCCAGCAGCCACCUCUGCAGAUUUGUAG